CGUCUUUGUUUUAAUUGACCACGCUCUGCGUGUCCAGUUUACGAGCAGUUUUUACUGUAAAAAGACGAAAGUAGACAAGUUCGCCACCGUUAGCCUAAAACGAAGGUUUAGCUUCUCCGUUCUACCAACACAACGCUAGCUGAGCUAAACAGAUACGACGUUCCAGUUUAACGUGUCAGGAAGCUCCUAACAGUCGCAAACAUGUACGGAAAAGCGGAGUUCCGCCCGGUUCACAUGGACUUCAGCUUUCUCAUCCAGUCCUGCAGCUCAAACAUCCAGAAGAUCACACAGAACACUGCCCAGAUCAAGACCAUGGUAAACCAGCUGGGGACCAGACAAGACACCAGCGAGCUCCAGGACCAGCUGCAGCAGAUUCAGCACUACACCAAUCAGCUUGCAAAAGAAACCAACAAGCACCUUAAGGACCUUGGCUCCACCCCUCUGCCCUCUUCGCCCUCUGAGCAGAGGCAGCAGAAGAUCCAGAGGGAGCGGCUCAUGAAUGACUUCUCAGCCGCUCUCAACAACUUCCAGGCUGUCCAGCGGCGUGCAGCAGAGAAAGAGAGGGAGUCGAUAGCCAGAGCGAGGGCUGGAUCUCGACUAUCGGCAGAAGACAAUUUUCGUGAUGAGAAGCUUGUUUCGUUUGAUAACCAAGAGGAUUUUGGUCAGCUGACUCAGACAGAGGAGGUCGGUGUCACGGAGGAGGACCUGGAGCUGAUCAAGGAGAGAGAGACCAACAUCAGACAGCUGGAGUCUGACAUCAUGGAUGUGAACCAGAUCUUUAAGGACCUGGCUGUGAUGAUCCACGACCAAGGGGAGAUGAUUGAUAGCAUCGAGGCAAAUGUGGAGAACGCUGAAGUUCACGUGGAACGAGGAGCAGAGCAGCUGCAGAGGGCAGCUAUGUAUCAGCAAAAGUCCAGGAAGAAGAUGUGCAUUCUGGCCAUUGUUGUUUCUAUAGUACUCCUGGUCCUGGGUCUUAUCAUCUAUUUUUCUUCCAAAUGAGUGUUUUUGACCAAACAGUGUUUUAUUCUACCCCGUCCCACCUGCAAGCAGAACUGAAGAACAGGAGCACCACUGGGACCAGUCAGUCUUCACUAAAGAUGUGUUGGUCCUAGACCAUCUGAAGUCACGUGGGAUCAUCUGAGCUCAUUGAUGCCUCUGAUUGUAAUUGAAGCUUGAGUUGGGGGGGGGGGGGGGGGGGGGGAUUGAGGAGCAUUUCCGAUGUUCUCUAUUUCUUCUGUGCACUAACACUAGCUGUCACCACAUUUCUAAUGUAAAUAUGUAGUUGUGAAGGACUAACGGAACCGCUUGUUGUAACGCGGAGGUGAUGACGAAAGGAGUCCGAGUGAUGAUGAUGAUGAUGAUGAUGAUGAUGAUGAUGUUGGAUAUAAACAAAGUUAAACAAAUAUUUCUAGUCUGAAUGUUCUGUUAAGAGCUGGAGGUUUAGUGUACAGCGUUUUCAGCCCAUUCCUCACAAGUUCUCGCAGAAGCACAUUAAACGUGUAUAGCAGUUA